AUGCCUGGGGUAGAAAUUGAUCGAUCUACCUUAUGGAAGAAAGCUAGACAAGACAAAGGUAACAUCCCUGAUCCAAAGGUGGCAGAUAAAGCAAAAUUAAUUGAUGAAUUGCAAAAACAAGUCGCUGAAGGCAGUCUCAGUGUAUCUGACAAAGCAAGCUGCUCUAGGGAUGUGAGAUCACUAUAUUUUGAGGAUGAUACUGCCAAAAAUGGGGAAAAACAGGAAGAAAUGAAAUAUGAGGAUUUAGAAAAUCAAGAUGAAGAGAAGAAAGAAGAAAAAAAAGAUGAAGAGAAGAAAGAAGAAAAACAAGAUGAAGAGAAGAAAGAAAAAAAAGAAGAUGAAGAAAAGCAUGAUGAAAAGGUGGAGGUGCCAUCUUCCUUACAAUCUCUUUGUCGUUAUGUGGAAACCACACUAAAGCCUCAGGAGAAGAUCAUGACCUUUACAAUUGAGAAGGAGGUGUUUGGUGCAGAUCGCAGUACCUUCGUCUUGCUUGAAGAUAUUACACAGUUAGCAGGCAUGGAAGAAAUUGGGGCUAUUGUGCUUGCAGUAUAUAUGAGGUGCUUAUAUGAUCAUUUGAAAGAAGUAAAUAUGUUCAACAUGGUUGGCAUUAUCGACCCUGCUCAAGUUAGUGCCAACGCUGGGUCACUAACUGACAGAUCACGAUUGGUAGCCAGUCGACUUCAGAAGACAGAUGGUGAACAGAUUUUCAUGAUGCCUUACAAUCGAGGCCGUCAUUGGGUCUUGCUGAUUGUGAGAGCAAAGAAGGAAACUGUCUAUUUUCUGGAUCCUCUACCCGGAAAUCGUGUGGUUAAUGAGGAGACCAAAAAUAUGGUGAACAGUGCUAUAAAAAUUUAUAAUUCCCACAUAGGCAGACAAGGCCGUAAAGCACCCAUUUGGAAAACUUUGCCAGACACACCAAAGCAACCCAGCAGUGUCGAAUGCGGGUAUUAUGUCAUGCACUUCAUGAGAGACAUCAUCAUGGAUCCUUCCCUGGAGUUUGAGAAGAUGUUUGCCAAGGGAAAAGAGCAAGCGCCAUACCCCCAAGCAGCCAUUGAUGAAGUCAGGAAUGAAUGGGCAGAGUUUGUUUGCCUUCAUGUGGAGUAG